AUGGACUUCAUCGCGAAGGACGUGGACGUGGGUUGCAGUGGCAAACAGCAUGAGGCACCUCCUGAUGCUGGCACGCAGCACGUAACAGCAGCUUCGGCUUUUCUCGACGAGGACCCAACCGACAACCGUCCAUGGCUUCUCUUCGACCUGAACGGCAUCUACACCUCAGCCACGCCCCACACCGUCAGCAAGGCACUAGCGUCCAUCAGCACUUGCAUUUUCCACGAGAUCAAAGGGCGUCCAAAUGAGCUCCGAAGCCUGUUGGAAGAAAGUGCCGCAUACGCGCGGGCUUGCAACCGGAAAGCGGCGGCGGCGCACACGGCGUGUUCGGGUGAUGGCGGCGGCAAGCCACCUGCGGAACGUACUGCAGGCUUGGGACCGUCGGCCUUUGCCUUUGCCGCAGCGGGUGCGUGUCACGGCGGUGUCCACGCGCCAGAAGCAACGAACUUUGAUGCUGCGGGAGCAGCGGACGCGGGAACGGGAACGGAUAAGGCGACGGAAUCGGUGCCUGCUAGAGCUAUGGAUUCUGGCGGCCGUGGCCGCGGCCGCGGCCGCGGCGGCAGCACAUCCCGCGAGCACCGCCGCGUCGACGCCCGCGUGCUGUUCAACCGCAUCCUGCAUAGGGAGCAUUGGGAGGAGUCCAACAUGUUGGCGCUGCCCACUUGGGAGGGUGCGAUCGACAAGGGCCUUGGCGUAUGGUUGACGCUGGUUUCGGAGCUAUUGGCGUUACCGGAGGGCCCGAGUCUGGACGUACGACUACACGCCGCGGGGAUCUCCCGCCGCCUCGUCGCGCUGCAUGUGCCUGCUAGCAACGCAACUGGGGCGGGAAUGGCGCCGCCGCCUGUGCCGCCUCAGCACGCCCACCUGGCUGAGGCUCGUGCGAUUGCACAGAUCUGGCGUGGGGUGGACCAGCAGGUGCAGGCAGGGAAGGUGGGUCCUAAGGAGGCGCAAAAAGUGGCGAUUAUGGCGGCGGCGACGGCGGCAGCAGCUGCGGCGUCGCUGCCUGACGCAUCCGAAACUACGGAGGGAGUCGCGGACACGGGUCUGGCGCCGGGCCAGCUGCGGCCCCUAUGGGCAGCGGACGCGGAGACGAGCGCAGCAGAGGCUUUUGCGGCGGAGGCCGCCGCCAUUGCGAAGCAAACCAAGGCGCUUUCUGCGGCAGGAGGCGGAGAGUGUUCGAGCAAGCGACACGAUGGCGGCGGCAGCGGCGGCGGCGGCGGCAGCGGCGGGGUCGACCUAGAACCGGAUCAGCUAGUCGCCGUUUUGCGCCUGAUUGCCGCGCAAGCGCCUGGCGCGCACAAGACGGAGAAGUCCAACCGGCAUGCUAAGGCACUGGUGCAGCAGCUGAAACGGAUUCCCUCGGACCCGCGUGUGGAUAUGCUGGUGGCGAGUUGCGUGUUGGCGGCAAGCUUUGCGAACCGUGGGUCGGUGGGUUAUAAGGACCUGCGCAACUAUAUUCGCAGCCGUUGGAAGGACCACGAAGCGCACUUGGUGGAUUACGACGCUUUACUUUUGGCUGGUCUGCGGCUAGGUGUCAUUCGCUGCGCCCCGCGGUCCAGUCCCCACAUGGCCCUGCGGUACGUGGCGGACCCGGUGCUGGACCCGGACAGUACGGCGGCGGCGGCGCUGAGGGAGCGGGGCCAGGGCGAGGAGCGGGGCCAGGGCGAGGACAUGGAGGCAGAGCCGGAGGCGGGAGGCAGCGAAGAGCAGACCGGCCCCGUGUCCCAAGCCGAUACGGCACACCAACAGCGCUAUGCCAGCGGGGUCCUGGAGGGCUCAGGCGCGCAGGCACUCGCUGCAUCCAUAGCCCCUGAUGACGACAAGGAAGCAGCAGGUGGACGCAGCAGCAGCGGCGGCGCAGCGGCGGCAACGGCGCCAAUGCCGUCACCUUCGUUACCUCCCCCGUCUCUACUUCGCCUCCUCCGCGAUUGUGUGUUGGAGCUGCAGCAGGCGCGGGGGGUUCGCCAUGGCUAUAUGGUUCCUCUUAUAAGGGACUUGGCGCCGGCUGCGCUGCGGGCGGUGUUGCUGCGACCAGAUGCCCCCAUAAGCCGGGUGUGCAACAGGCUGGCGGCACGUGGCGUGUUGGGUGUGUGGCGCUGGUGGGACGGCGACAGGUUCUACGUCCGCUCUCUUCCCGAUAGCUUGCAGCUGGCAGAGGCGAUCAGGUCUUUAAUGAACAGGGAGCUGUCGUACAAUGAGGACGCACUGCGUACGCGACCGUUCUGGGCGGUCUCCGCCGAAACGGGCGCCGCGGAGGAGUUUGCAGCGCAGACCGCCGCUAUUGCAACAGCGUCAGCGGCGGUGAUUACUGCGGCGGGCGGCAAGGCCCCCCGCAAUCGCAAGGAGUCAGCGACCCCCACCCCGGAACGUCAGGUCGCGAUCUUGCGCCUGAUUGCUGAUCAAGCCCGCGGUGUUGAAAAGGCGGGGAAGGCGAAGAAGGCAGGAUUACAUCCUCCGUUUCUGAAGCGCCUGAAAUCGGGUUCCGCGGACCCGCCUGUGGAUAUGCUGGUGGCGAGUUGCGUGUUGGCGGCGAGCUUUGCGACCCGUGGGUCGGCGAGUUACUCGGAGCUUGUCACGCUGCUGCACGGUCUGCGGGCGAAGCAUGGUGGUAACAGUGCGGCGGCGGAAUGGGGUGGCAACGCUUUACUUUUGGCUGGUCUGCGACUGGGUGUCAUUCGCUGCGCCCCGCGGUCCAGUCCCCACAUGGCCCUGCGGUACGUGGCGGACCCGGUGCUGGACCCGGACAGUACGGCGGCGGCGGCGCUGAGGGACAGGGAGGGAGAGGACAUGGAGGCAGAGACGGAGGCGGGAGGCAGCGAAGAGCAGGCGGCUCGUCUGGCGGCAUCUGGGACGUCGCAUCCGUGCGGUAGCGGCUGUGCUGAUGGCGGCGGCGGAGCAGCCGCCACUGUGGUGGCGGUGGCGGUGGCGGCGGCGGCGGCGGCUUCGCCGCCGUCGUCGUCGUUACCUCCCCCGUCUCUACUUCGCCUCCUUCGCGAUUGCGUUUUGGAGCUGCAGAAGGUGGGGGGUGUUCAUCCUGACGAGAUAAUGCAGCUGGGCAAGGACCUCAGCUCGGAGGCGCUGCGGGCGGUGAUGGUCCGCUUCGUCCCGCCCAUGAGCCGGGUGUGCAACAGGCUGGCGGCACGUGGCGUGUUGGGUGUGUGGCGCUGGCGGGGCGGCGUCAGGUUCUACGCGCGCGUGUUGCCUGAUGAGGCACAGCUGCGGGAGGCGCUCAGGUCUCUGAUUCAGCAGGAAACAUUGUACGACAGGGAACGGCUUCGCACGGCAGGCACGAUUUGGGACUCGAGCGCGUCCGAGAUGCAACAGCGGCAGCAGCAGCAGCAGCAACGAGAGGCAGUAGCGGCUUCUGCCGCCGCCGCCGCAGGUGCUGCGGAAGAAGGGCGGCGGGGGCUGCAGCGGCCGCAGCAGCAGCAGGACAAGGUCCAGGACUUGAGGUCGCUGGAGGAGGAACGCAAGCGCGAAGAGCGGCAGCGCGAGUGGGAGCUGCAACAGGCGAAGCUGGAGGGAAGGAAUCCAGCGGCGCAAAAUCUUGCGGUGUCCUUAUCAAGCCGCGAUAUAUAUUCCGGGGCCACGAUGCCCGGUGGCGGCGGCGGCGGCGGCGGCCCCGGAAGCCACAAGCGCAGCCGGGCAGCUGAGGACGCGACGCCGCCGGGACCCGACCCAUCGCUUCCAGGUGCCGUACCAUUGUACGGCCGGCCGUGGACCUGGCCUGCAAGAACGACAUGGCCGUCGGCGGCGGCAGCGGCGGUGAAGCCCCCGCCGCCACAUGCACGGUUCGGUGGUACGAUUUCGCGGCGGCGGCCGCUGUCUUUGUUGCAUGAGGAGGUGGCGGCGUUUGCGCGGGAGAGCGCUCCGCGGGAGGAUGAGCUGCUGGCGCUGAGCCGCGGGCUGGCUGCCGUACAGCGAGUGGCAACGGGGAUUUGGCCCACGGCCCGCGUUGUGCUCUUCGGCUCGCAGGCUAACGGUCUGGCACUGCCCGGCUCGGAUCUGGAUCUUGUCGUACUGGGGGUGACUCCCAACAUGGCUCGAGCAGCGGAGGGGCUCAGCGGGCUGGCACGAGCCACCGCGGCUCGGCAUUUGGAAACCUUGGCCCACAGAUUGCGGGAUGCGGGACUUACCCGCCGCCACACAGUGGUCAAGGCCAAGGUGCCCAUCGUUAAAACAGUGUUGUUGCCGCUGGACGAAUGCGGGCGACCCAUGGGUCGCGGCGGCGGCCGAUAUCUGUCGGCGGACAUCUCCAUCGGCGCCGCGAACGGCGCGGCGGCGGUGGCUCUAGUCCAGCGAGCAGUGGCCUGGAUGCCGCCACUGCGGCCGCUGUGCCUCGUGGUCAAGGCUUUUCUGAAAGAGGCAGGUCUCAACGAGGUUUUCACAGGCGGCAUUUCGUCGUACACUCUGGUCAACAUGGUCCUUGCGCACCUGGCGUGCGAGGGAUACGACGUGUGGCGUGUCGUACAGGGCAGGGAGAUGGGAUCGUCGGCAGUUUUCGCCGCCGCCGCCGCCGCCGCUGCUGCUGCUGCCGUUGGCGGCGGCGGCGGUGGCGGUGGUAGGACCGGCGGUGGCGGCGUCAAUACUGAUCCUGGUUUGGGGCCACCAGUGAAGCGGCGGCGGCGGGGCCCGGAUGGGAACUUGGAUGUUCUGUACGGCAACAGGUACGACCAGCCGUCGGCAGAGGAAGCGGCUGGCGACGGCGAUGAGUACGGUGAGGAAGAUUAUGCUGGCGGCGAGGGGGAGGAUAGGCCGGAGUGGGUGGGCAGCGACGGCAGGUCGAGCGACGGGAAUUCCAACGACGGCAGUGACGGCGGGGAGUUGGACGCACCGGACAAUGACCUUGAACUAUACAUUGAGGGUGACGGAGAUGCGCCUGAUGUACUACCCGGCGAAAAGCGGGGACGGGACGGUGGCAACAGCCGUCCCUCGGACUGGCCACAAGCUGCUGCCGGUACGGCAGCGCCGUACAGCAGCAUGGAGUUUGACCACGACGAGCUGGCGGUGAUGGCGGAAGCGGCCGCUGCGGAGGCAGAGGCGAUGGCCUUGAUGCGGGGCGGUGAGCCCUCCGCCGCCGCCGCCGCGGCUGCGGCGGCGUCAGCAACGCCUCCGGCAGGUCUGUCCGAUGCACAGUUGUCGUACCUGUGGGCACUCAGCCGUCAAAACAUGUCCGGCGCGGACCUUGGAGAGUUGCUGCACGGGUUUUAUGUCAGGUUCGGUCGGAUAUUGGACCCCUCCAGGGAGGCUGUCAGUCUGCUCCGCGGCGGCAUCACCCGCAAGCUGCCCGAGUGGUUCAAGGCUGCCGCGCACCGAGGGGGCGGCAAGUGCGCGACUCAGCUGGCGCACCCUGUCAGCGACCUGAGCGAUGUGGAGGGGGAGGAGGAUGGCGAGGAGGCACGCGAGCGCAUGGCGUGGACUGCCGUACAGGCCGACGGGUCACACCAAUCAUUACCGCAGGGUGGUGCAGCAGCCAGCGGCGGUGGCGGCGGCAGUGGCGGCGGCGGCGGCGGCGGCGGCGGCUUCCGGUACAUGAGCAUCCCGGGGGGUGCUGCAGCAGCCGCCGCCGGCGGCGGUAACUUCGGCAGGCAAUUCCGGAUCCUUCGCCGUAUUUUGGAUCCCGAUCUGGCGCUGUGCCGCUCAAAUGCCGUGGACGCCAUGCGGUCCCAGCGUGCGAUAAAGCUCAGCCGGACUGCGCAGCGGAAGGUGAAAAAGGCGAAGAAGGCGAAGAAGCAGGGGGCCCUUGCCGCAGUAGCGGAAGCGGCAGCAACGGAGGCGGCGGAGGCGGCGGUGGCGGCGGUGGAUCAGUACGGCGGAAACGGGAGCGCUCAUGGCGGUGGUGGUGGUAGUGGUGCGGAUGGUGAUGGAAAGAAGACGAAGAAGAAGAAGAAGAAAAAGUCGGGCAUGAAGGAGAAGAUUGAGCGGUUGGGGGCUCCGGCACCGGUGCCCUGA